AAUGUCUGCGACUUUAAGGGAAUCUUUAUGUCCACUGAAACAAUGACAAUGUUUUUAAUGGUGGUUAUAUCCUUUUUCCUGACUGUUAAUUGCCAGACGUUUACACUUCCAAACAACCAUGACCUGACGCAGCUGGUGAAUACUCAGUUUAAUAAACUAGACGCUGACGGCAAUGGGGAACUGUCAAUGGCUGAGCUGCAUGCGCUGGAAACCUUUGAGGACACAAACCAUGACGGGAAUGUCACCUUACAAGAGUACAUGGAUGCGUUCAAUCUACCCAUGGAAGUAGCUCAGCCGAUCUUCAAUGUUUAUGACAAGAAUCAUGAUGGUGUCAUCCCAGAAAACUUUCUUGCAGAUUACUACCACCUUCUGGACAAGGAUACUGAUGGCAUCGUCACAAUGCACGAAUAUGAUAAAUAUGUGGUAACGUUAAUGGAGUGUUUGUUCGGUCAUGGACACGGCACACACGGACACGGGCCAAACUGCGACCAUUAACAGACAAAUAGCAGACCAAUAACAGACCAUUCUUCGACCACUAUUUGAACACUUGAAUACUAUCGAAUACUUUGUAGCAUAAUUGAUAAUCUAUUAUAAUAAAUGUCAAUGUGAA